CUUUUUUCAUAAUAUCGAUAAUAAACUGUCGCGUGCGUUGGUAUCAUGGAUUAUAGAAAAAUAUAUUUGAAAACACGAGUGGACGCUAAACUAACAAUGAAACAUGUCUCUGCUUUCUAUGGAGAUCGCAACUGUACAAGCCCUGUUGAAGCUUCAAGGAUCGAAAAUCCCUUUUCCGCCCAGUGAAAUGGAUAUAGCGGAAGUAUUGGCCGCUGAAGCGUUAUUGAAUCUUAGGGCGUCCAACAAUCCUUCAGAGAAUUCUGAUGGCCACAUCAUUGACGAGCAAUCUAUCAACAUACCCAAUGAUAUGGACGUAAUAACAGAUGGUGAAUCUGACUCGUCAUCACAUCGGACUCCCCUGAUUGAGAUUCAAAAUGUCAGUACAUCAGUUAAAACUGAGAUGCCAAAUAUGGAAAGCAAUGAGGAGCUUGAAAUGUCGACUGGGCCUUCUACUGUAGUUGCAUCGAAAGGACGACGUUCUACUACGGAGAGAUGCACGACGAAACGGAGAAGAUCUCGAACAAGCACCCCAGAAUCAAACAGACGCUGCGGCCGUUCGAAUCCACAAUCAAAGAAUAGGUGUGGAAAUAAUAUGGUUCGAUUAGGAGAGGGAUAUGCCAUGGUCCCUAAGGAUGUCCUAGCGAAUAUUAAGUGGGAAUCAUAUAAAAACGCAACAAGAAAACUACUAACAGCUGUUUUUCCUCGCGAAGUUCUGGCAACGCACUCUAUGUCAGGGAAACCAUCUCCAGCAUUUCCCAACAAACCAGCAAAGGCGAAGUUGGACCCAAAUGUCAUUAGCGAUAUUAUUAAAACCGUUAUGGCCAAAUGUGGCGUAGCGGAAAAUAUAGUGAGGAUGACCAUAACCACUAAAUGCGCUGACGAGAGUAAGAUGAUGCGAUACCGGAAGAGAUAAAGAGUUGAUGUUGAAAUUUUAAACACAACUCUAAA